GUCCAUGAGGGUAAAGGGCAGUUUUUUCUCAGUAUAAAUAUCACACCAGAAAUCCAGUGAGCUUCAGACUUCAACUGAAGACAUUAGCAGAAGAUUUCAGCUCUGAACUUUCCAAAGGACACACAGAGACUCCAGGUCUUCUCGCUGGCUUUUCUAAGAUGGUGGCACUUACAAUGUACCUGAAGCAGCCAAACUUCAUUUACUUGUGUACAUAUAUAUGGCUGGCAACCCUAACUGGAUCUACAUACUGCUGGAAAUCUGGAUUUUCAUUACCUGAUUUCAUGAAACCCAAAAGCAAAACAAAGUCUGAAGCAUCAGAGCCAAUGGAAGUGGCAGCCCUAGGAAGACCUCUGUCUCUUGGAAUGCUUUAUGACUGCCGCAAAGAUUCCUUCAUUCCAGGUGUUACUCUGUGGGAUAAGAAAUCACAGAGUGAAAAUUUACACAGUCGUCCACAGCCCCUAACAGAUCUGAAAUUCAGUAGCUCUGACUCUCUCUCUAGUAAGUCCAACCUCCUGGAGAUAAGUGCUUCCCUGAAAGCCAGUUUCAUGGGAGGGCUUGUGGAGGUGGGAGGAUCUGGAAAGUUCCUGCGUGACACCAAAUCCUCCAACCAACAGUCCAGAGUUACAAUGUAUUACAGUGAAACUACAAGAUAUGAACAGCUCACUAUGUCCCAGCUGGGCAAGUUCACCUACCCUCAGGUGUUCGACCAGAAAACUGCAACUCAUGUGGUCACAGCGGUACUGUAUGGAGCCCAGGCUGUCAUGGUGUUUGAUCGGACAUUUUCAGCUGAGGAAAACAAGCAGGAUAUUGAGGGAAAUCUGAGUGUUAUGGUCAAGAGCAUUCCUUCAUUUUCCAUUGAGGGAGAAGGAUCUGUAAAAAUGAAAGAAAAUGAAAUGAAAAUGGCUGAGGAGAUCUCCUGCACAUUUCAUGGGGACAUCUUACUUGAGCAGAACCCAACCACAUACAUGGAAGCCAUACAGACAUACAAGACACUCCCCACUCUGCUGAAGGAGAAUCCACAGAAUGUGGUUCCAAUCAAAGUCUGGCUCCAUCCUCUUCAUCUAUUGGACAAUAAGGCAGCUCAGCUGAAGAGAGAGAUUACCACAAGUCUGAUUUCUGACACUGAACAUAUAAUCGAAGAGCUGGGAGAGGCAGAGAGGACAUGCAAUGACCUGAUCAGAAACACACUGGCCAAUGCUUUCAGUGACAUCAAAGAGAGGCUGCAAUUAUUUCAGAAAUCAUUCAGCACAUACAAGACAAUGCUUAUGGAAGCAGUCGGCAGGGUCUUGCCUGCUGUUCGAGGAGGAGAGGAGGAGGAGAAGACUCUAGAAAACAUCCUGAAUAUGCACAGGAGCUCCCCAUUCAGUGCUGACAAGCUUAACAAGUGGUUAAAUGAGGCAAAGUCUGAACUUCACAUCUUGAAUUCUAACAUCAAGAUUCUACAGGGGAUCAAAAUUAAAGACCAGGUCGAACUCAUUACUACCUUAUUUGAUCCUGAUGUUGAUGCAGUGUUGAGCUUGACCUUCACAUCUUUGAAGUAUAAAGACCCAUAUCUUUCAAACCUGGAGGAGUUUGUGAAAUCUGACAUGUUUAAAAAGCUAAAAGAGAGUAAAACUUAUACUGUGACAUCUUUCACAAAGUGGUUCAAUGAUUUAAAUAUCGCAAUGAAGAUGAGAGAGAACUUGUCUCAAUUCAGGAGGUUUGCAGAAGCCAAUAAAGAUGAUAAAAGAAUCUGCUUCAUUAUUUCUGCCAUCUCCAAUCCCUCCAUUGCAGGCUCCUCCAUCUAUCUGUAUGAAAAAGGGAAACUGACAGACAGACAGUUCCAGCCUGUUUCCAAGCCAUCCCCACCAAUAGUGAAGAAUGUCCUGGCCCAAGCGGUGUCCCUUCAACUGCAGAAGAGAUCUGGAGAGACAUUGCGGUACAGAGUGGAAUACAAGAAGGUAAAACCACAUUCUGGAGAUGAAGAACCAUGGCUUUUUAUAGAAACAGGUUAUGAAGAUUUUACUUUGAAUGGAUUGGAGCCUGGAAAGCAGUACCUGAUCCGCUACAGGAAGGCUGGUAAAGUGGGAGUGAGUGAAGCCAGUGAUACUGUCAACACUGUCCCUUUAGCAGAACCUGGGAUUGUGGGCGGGACAGGUGGUGAUGAAUUCUCCUUUAAGUCCGCUUCAUACAACAGCUUUUAUAAAAUCGUCAUAACUUAUGACGGGGAUGAUGAUGAUGAUGAUAUGGAAAUUCACUCAUUGAACACAAUAGAAGUGAUUUUCCAGGAUUACCAGAUGAUUAAAGUUGGCAAGGUAGCAGGAGAUUAUGAAGAAGUAUUUCUCUUUGACAUAACUGAUAAAAUUGUCACUGCAAAACUGUGGCCAAAUAGGCAGGGUACCAGAUUUGGGGGGUUGGAAUUUGUGGUUGAAAAAAAUAAUGGUGAAAGAAGAACAUUGUCUAUCAAACGUGAUGAUCUGGGUGAGCCUGUGAUUGUUAAUGUUGGAUCAGGAAAAUGUUACGGCAUUAAAGGGAGAAGUGGAGAUGAAAUUGAUGCUCUGGGUUUCUACUUCAGUUAGCCUCCAGCCUGUUCUUUAUAAUUCUAAUCCAAACAACAUCUGAACAGCAAUCAUAUACUUUUUUUAAAUGUAUACUCAGAUUUUAAGAGUAAAAAAUAUCAGAUUUGAGUCAAUCAGUAAUAUUUUAUGUUUUCUAGUAUCAACUGUUAUAACAUUUUUGAUUUCCAGGUAAAUGGAAAUAUAAACAAGUAACUCCAUUAACAAAAGUUAAAUAUAUCAAAUCUGAGUUAAUGAAUCAAUAGUGAUUGUAUAUGGUGGUUUUCAGGGAGAAAAAUGUACUGUAUAGCAUCUUAUUCUGGUUCAUUUGUCCAUCUUUAUAUUUCAUUUAUUCCAUUUUGUACACUGUGGAAGUACAAAAACUCUUGAUGUUCAGUGACAAUAAAGAGCUUAACUUGACUU